CUAUUGUGCCGUGGGAGCGGGCGGUGAACGGCGCGGCGCGAGCCAAUCAGGACGCGGCAUGCAAAUAAGCAGGCCCGCCAGCGGCCCAGAGCGGCGCUGACGCCAAGAUCCCAUCGCGGAUCGCACUGGAGCGUGUGCCCAGCGGGUGCGGACUUGGUGAGCGGGUCUCCCGGGGCCAGGGCACCAGGGCCAGGUGGACGGAGGGCGGACCCACUGGGCCCAGAGAUGGACGGAGACUGGAUGCGCACUCCCUCGGGGGCCCCAGCCCCGACGACUCUGGACACGGACGGUGCUGAGACGCCCACGGGGCUCCGAGCAGAAGACCGGCCGGACAUGUGAAGGACGUGGGGUGCGGGGAGCCAGGGACCAGCGGCCCACGGACGGAGGGAGACGCAGACCCACGGAGGGCUGGGGGCACCCUCACACCAUCUCCCCGACCGGUUCAGAGAGGAAUCUGCGGCUGCAUCGCGGAACCAACGAGAGAGGAAGAGGGCAGUGGACCCGGCCACCUGCACCAUGACCAGCUGUCGCCACCAUUCGGGAUACUUGGCGGACGACGAGGCUGGCCACACCACCUGCGUGGCCCGGGUCCAGCCAUCUAAGAAGUCACUGUUCCCGGAAAUGGGGCAAGCCUCCAAGCUGGGCCACACACCACACCCCACUUCAACGCACGGCCCCUCAGGCAGUUCAGGGCUCCGCAGCCACCGCCGAAACCCCAAGGGCCCUCGACCCUUUAGGAGCUUCCUGGAUUUCCUUGUCGAGGGUCAGGUGCUGGACAGCCUGCAGACGGUGGUGGAGGAGGCAACUGAGCUCAUGGCCACCGUAAUGACAGAGGCUGGGGUGCCGCUGGUGGAGGUGGAGGACCCGAUGGAGGUGCCAAGGGGUGGGCGUCAGGCGCGGGCCCGGCCCAUCGUCAGUACCGUGCACCAGCACUGCACCCGGCCGACCCUCUGCAUGGGGCGCCCCAACAAUUACCCGUCCUGCUCCAGCUCCAUGUCCGACUCCCACAGCAGCUUCACAGCCAACUGGCCGGGCUCCCAUAGCUGGGACAGCGACCUGAGUGCCCGCAGCUUAGGUGCACUGCCACCCAUGAAGGACAAACUCCUGCUGGAGAAGAACCUCAAACGGCUACUGCAGCUGGAGAACAGAGGGAAAGGCCAGGGGCAGUCCUGCCCCCACGGGGACUCCCUGCCAUGGGACUCACUGGGCAGCCAGACCAGCAGCCAGUGGACCCUAGAGCAGCCCCUGUCCUGGUUCUCAGGCCUGCUGGGCUCGAGCUCAGGCACGCCCAAAGCGUGGGAGCUGGGACCAGCAGAGCGGGAGCUGAUCUUCCUCAAGCGGGAGCUGAUCUUCCUCAAGCGAGAGCUGAACAAGAAGAUGAAGUCCUUGCUGAGCCAGCCAGGGUCCUUUGACCUGCCCGGCUACUGUGCGCUCCGAGAGCCCCAUCGGACCCUGGACUUCCUGGCUGAGCACCACCUGUUCCCCGCCCUGCAGGACGUGGUCAGCCAGGCUGUGGACAAGCUCAGUGGUGCCUGCCACAGAGACAGUUGCCCUCUCUUCCCGUCAGAAGGGGAGCCCUCCCCAGAGUCCAGCUCCAAGCUGGCCACACCCACUGAUGGGGAGGAGCCCUACGAUUUGCUGCCCACCACAACCUCCAGCCCCAGGAUGGAGAACAGAAAGAGCAUCAAGUACAGGGGACGCGGCAAGUCCAAGGAAGGUGGCUCCCCGGUGUCUAGCACCCAAGUGGCCACCAGGUUCUGCCUUGAGAGCCCCAAUUACAAAUUCACCAAGAAGAAGACGCUGCCCUCCAUCCUGUCCAAGUCCACCACCAUGUCCCGCCUCUCCAACCCCCGGCACGAGGAGCUCGUUGACUACCUGAAGGGCCAGGCUGUGUCCUUGCUUGCCUGCAAGUACAGGUUUGAGAAGAACCUCACUGGGCAGCUGGGCUUCAUCUCCUUCCCCAUCACUGAGGCACUCCUGGACCUCUUCCUGGGCUUCAGGAAGGUGAAGGGCUCGCGCAUCCGUCUGUCCUCCACAAUCGACUGGAGCUGCCUGCUGCGCAGGCUGGAGGAGGCCGAGUUUAGCCAGCGGUCACCCCAGCGGGCAUCCCGGCCCCCUUCCCAGCACACCUCCCAGCACAGCACCCCCCAGCGCAGCAUGCAGACACCCACCGCGCUGUCCGCCAGGACCCACAGGGUCCAGGACAAGCCCACAGGGUCCUCCCUCAACAUGAGGUCCCCGGGACCCCGGCUACUUGCCUCACAGGAGCGCCCGGCAGCCGCGGAGCAGGAGCCCGCCAGACCGCCAGAGCCCAAGCUGUUCCUGUCCCCCGCCAACACUGGCGUGGCGUCCCAUCAGUCCGACCAGACAAUGGACGUGGAGGGCCACCAGAGCAUCGAGGAGGAGGAGGAGGACAAGGAGGAGGAUGGAGAGGAGGAGGAAGAGGACGAGGAUGACUUUGGAGAUGAGGGCGAACCCCAGAGCUCCCUGGAGCCUCAAGAGGAGGCUGUGGUCAGUGCCACGGCGGCAGGCUCAGGUGUGGGCCAUGGUGACUGCCCAUGGGGCCCCUGAAGUGCACCGAGUGCUCCAUGCCCCACUCCUUCCACCCCAGCGGCCACUGCCCUCACAGCCAUCCCACCCUGAGCAGAGGUCAGAGCAGCUGGU